AACUUUUCUCGCGAGUUGGAUGCUGUGUGGCUCCGCGGACAGUCCCGUUAUCUUUUUGAUGAUAAAUUCUUGAAAAAUCCGUGGUUCCCCAUUCUACGAUCGUUUCAAAAUGUUGCCCGGCAUCGGGAUGUUUGGCACGGGCGAGAUAACGAAGGUGCUGGUGCCGAUCCUGCGGGACAAAGGGUUCAACAUCGCGGCGAUUUGGGGACGAACCGUGCGGGAGGCGGAGGACGCGGCGCUGGAGUUGCAGAUUCCGUUCUUUACCAGUAAGAUAGACGACGUGCUGCUGCGGAAGGAUGUGGAUUUGGUGUUUAUUACCUGUCCGCCGUAUCUGCACUCGCAGAUUUCGGUCAAAGCCCUCGGGAUCGGGAAGCACGUCGUGUGCGAUAAACCGAUGAGUCUUUUUCAAUCUGACGCGCUGAAGAUGGUCCGCGCUUGCCAGUAUUAUCCGUCAUUGAUUUCCAUCGUAAAUCACUCGCUGCGAUUCUUGCCAGCCAUUGGGCACAUGAAGAAAGCAAUCCACGAAGGCUAUCUUGGACCGCCGGAACAGCUGUCGCUGGUGGACGUGAAGGUCCGGAUGGGUUCGCUGUUCCACAACAAGUUUGACUGGCUUUGCGACGAAACGAUGGGCGGUGGUGUGCUGAACCUGGUCGGCAGUCACGUGAUUGAUUUAGUCAAGUUCCUGACUGAGCGGCGAGCCGUUCGGGUGCACGGAACCGUCCGGACGUACGUGAAGCACAUGGGACAAAUCAACGGCAUUCGGCAGAUCACGGCGCCCGAUUUUUGCACCUUCCAAAUGGAGCUGGAAACGGGAACGCUCGUCACGGUCAACAUCAACUGCCACAUCUCGAACAACGCCUUUCACCAAGAAGUGGCCGUUUACGGUGGAGAAGGUCAUCUCACCGUGCGCGGAGGAGAUCUCGUCGGACACCGCAUCACUCCGGAAACCGGCGCCAUCAAGGAGGAAAUGCUGUACGUCGACGUGCAGGACUUGCAGUUCUCCACCUCGGACACGACCCUGCCCAGGCCCUAUGUAAAGGGACUCUGCAAGCUGGUCGGUGCCCUGCGGGAUGCCUUCCAUCCGACCAAAGAGUCAACCGGAUGGAUCAAGGAACCAGUCCAAGCGGCGGCCACCUUCGAGGAUGGCCUGUACGUCCAGGCCGUUCUGGAUGCCGUGCGCAAGUCCAGCGAGGAGCGCUGCUGGACCAAGGUAAGCGUCAACACGGAAUCGCCCACCAACCAGAAGUUUCUGUCCGCGGCCCGAAUGACCUCGGCGACGGCGCUGCACUGAGGCAACCAGCUGAGACUGGCAGUAUUAUCGGGUGUCGAUGCCUUUAUUUUUCGCGUUUUAUUACUCCAGCUGGAAGGUAACUUUGCACCUUUUUGUGUGUCUGUGUCUUAGCCGUAACACAUUUUUGUGCUGUUUUUUUUAUUAUUUAUACACACGUUAUUUAAAUGCUUUUACUAACUAUUCCAGAUAAUUUUUUGAUAGACUCAACACAUUUUAUGUUGAAAUAUACGCUACUAUAUUGUAAA